AUGCGUAUGAUAAAGAUAGUUCAUAAUCGAAUUUUUAAUAAAAUAACAAUGUUUUAAUGAGUUCAAAUAACACUCCUUACUAAUGGGUUUUAUAGAAAUUGCGUGUUCAUUAAGAUGUAGUGUAAAAUGUUUAAAACGACACAAUAAAAAUGAUAGAAAAUUUGUGUGAAACUGCAACUACAAGAGAAAGUAUCUCAAAUAGUAAAUAACGGGUCGAUAUGAAUAUGUCUGUCACGGAUUUAUCUGUGGGAUGUCGUUUCGCCGACUAUUUUGCAAUAUGUGGAUUAGAUUUUGACUCAGGCCUAGAAACAGAUCGACUAUCAGGUGACAAUCUACAUAUUUCUCCCCUAGACCGUUCCUACAAGGGAAAGGUUCUUGCUCAUUAUCCUGAUAAUAUUCACAAUAAUGCCUUUGAUGAACAUGCAGUAUGUAUGCUCUGUUUGCCAGCUGGUCUGCAAUUUAGGACACAAAAACACUCCCUAGAACCAAAAUUUCAUAGCUUUGUUGUAACAAGAGAAAAUGCAUCAAGAUACUAUGGUUUCAGUCUCAUUUUCUAUGAAGAAGUUAGAAAUAGAAACAUAUGCAGUGCUAUGCAUACAUUGCAGGCCAUGUACAUCACUGAACUGUCUAGUGGACAAACUCCACCAGGCCACAGGAAGAACUCUGGCAAAGAAAGUUCAAGAUCACUUCCUAGAUCAUUCAAACUUGCACCACAUACGGGAUCUGCUCUCACAUACUAUGAUAUAGCCAAAGAUAAACUCUAUGUAGCCAAAAGUAUAGCCCUCAUAUGCCAAUAUCCUUUUGUAAGGGUAGCACAAUUAUUUUUAGAGAAUUUAUUUAGAUCCUUACCUCGUCAACCGGGUCCUGGGCUUAGUCCUGAAUCAUAUGUGUAUAACUUAUUAUAUGAAGUGCCAGUACCACUGCCAGGGCAAGCGUUGCGGCUAUAUGUUCCUCCAUCGGAACCACAUCUCGAUCCCAUACCUGUUGUGAUACGAAUGCCAAAUCCACCAGAAGAGUUACCACUACUUGAUUACCCAUUGCGUGCAAUGUUCAAUACUUUGGGUGUAGAAUGCAUUGUGCAAUUGUUUACUUGCGUGCUUUUAGAGCAUCAAGUUUUGCUUAGGUCAAAUGAUUACAAUAAGCUUAUGCUAGUAGCUGAAUGUAUUGUGUCGUUAUUGUUGCCAUUCUCGUGGGCUCAUGUGUAUGUGCCAAUAUUGCCAGCUCCUUUAUAUCAUUUCCUUGAUGCGCCGGUGCCUUUUGUGAUGGGUUUACAUUCGGAUGGUUCAUCCGUCGUCGGUUCAGGUGGACCAAGGAACAUAGCUCUUGGUUCAGAAGCAGCACUAUGUUUAGUCGAUAUUGAUAAACCUGACAUUCAGCUUCCUGAAGAACUUCCAAUACUACCACAUAGAACACCGUUUAUUGAAGAACUUAAUCAUGUCUUAGAUAAACAUCAGGUGGACAGGCCAGAAACGGAACCAACAAAACUUGGAGUUCCCUUGAAUGGCACUUCUUAUAAACACAUGAAUGAUGGCAUGAGCAGCAGUUGUACGCUGCCUUCAGGUGGUCUUCGUCGCAAGCAUUCAUUCCACGACGUUCUAGAAUGGGACGAGAGUCGUCCGUUGAACGCGUCCCCGCCGGGCUCGCCGACGCGACGACAUCCGCGUCGAAUGGAUGCGCUGCAGCGAAUAGUUGAUAUUGUUAAACGGACUGGAGUAAAUAUAGAUGACGUGGAUGCGGAAACAGUGAUGCCAACUACAAAGAAAAAGAUACUAAACGACGAAGAGCAGUACAACGAAGAUAUACGUUUCAAUAUAGCGAUACGGGAAACAUUCCUCAAUAGAUUUGUGCACAUGUUCCUUAUGUAUGAAAAUUUUGUGAUCAUGCCAGACCAGGAUCGGGACUCGUGGCUGUCAUCUAGAGAAUCGAUGGUGAAUUUUGACAAAGCAUCAUUUCUGUCAGACCAACCGCAACGUCACCGGCCAUUCCUAUCGCGUUUUCUAGAAACGCAAAUGUUCGCAACUCUCAUAGACAACAAAAUAAUGGCCAAUUGGGGAGAAUAUGAUGUCAACCUCCAAGUAUUCGAACAUAGGAUUAAAAUUGUAAGACGUCGGCUGGGCGAGGGGGGGCUGGCGACGCGCGGGUACAGCGUGUGGGCGGGCGCGGCCGCGAGCGCCGCCCGCGCGUGGAGCCCGGCCGAGCUGGAGGUGGGCGCGCCGGCCGAGCGGCUGCCGCACCGCGCCGCGUACUACCGCGCUUUCCCGGCGAGACUAGACGCCUCCGCGCUCGCGCCGCCGCCCGCGUCCGACCGCAGAACUAACAGUUUAAAGCGUAUAAAGAACGCAAAAUGGCAAGUGAAAGAUUGCCCCCCAGAAUUAUUGCUGGGCGAUAUUGGGAGACGAUUGUCUACAGAAGUGACUCCAGCGGCGAUUGCUCAGAAUAAUAGGACUUUUGUUGAAAAGCUACUAAAGGAAUGCAAAAGUAAAACAAAAAGGAUGUUACUAGAAAAAAUGGGCACAGAAGAAAGUGACCUUGGCUUAGGUGUCGAAAUAUCUAUAACAGGAGUGGAGGAAAGUACUAUGAUAGCCUCGCUAUGUGAUCUUCUGGAGAGACUCUGGUCUCAUGGCUUACAGCACAAAAUGGGAAAAUCUGCCCUUUGGAUGCACCUUAUGAACUAUCAAGAAUUGGAACAAUGCAGUAAUGCCUCUAAACCAAUUGACCCUAAUUAUCUUACACCAGCUUUGGCUUGGUGUGUAUUGCGCAAGAGACUGGAUUACCUAUCAUCAGUUGGUGCAGAAGUUGAAGCCCAACAGAGCGCGAGUAAUUCGACGCGUUCCCGGGAUAGUUCCAGGGGUGGAUCCCGGGAUAGUUCCCGAGAUCGUCUUAGUAAUUCUGGAACGCUAGAACGGAAAUCGUCACAACCUACAAAUCCUUUGCGACCAUUGCCAGAAAAUCUUACUUUUGAUAUGAGGAAUGUCCAAGCCAUGACUGACAUAAAAACAGAAAUAGGUUACGCCCGCGCUUGGGUUAGAUUAUCCCUUGAAAAGAAGUUACUAUCGAAACAUCUGCGUGAAUUGCUUUCCGAUACAACGUUACUUCGAUCUCAAUAUAAGAGGACGGCGUUUUUGCGAUGUGAAGAAGAACGGGAACAGUUCCUGUACCAUCUGUUGACGUUGAAUGCCGUUGAUUAUUUUUGUUUCACUAAUACCUAUCCUACUACAAAGUUACCAUAUCGUGUUUUAAUAGUACCAUCGCGUAAGGCGAGCCAAACUACAGCAAAUUGUUGGCUCUCUAUAUCAGGCGCUAACGGAGAAUCCACACCGAAAAUUCCAAUUCCUCGUAAUACCAUGGAAUUCGUGUUUCAUCAUAAAAACUUGGGUGUUUUGUCAACCCUACAAAUUGGACAUGAUAAUUCCGGCUUAUCACCACGAUGGCUGCUGGAUCACAUUUAUGUGAGGAAUGAAGUCACAGGCCAUACUUAUUUGUUCCCAUGCAACCGCUGGUUCGGCACGGGCGUGGACGACGGCUCCACAGAGCGCGUGUUGGUGGCGGCGCGGUCCCGCUGCGAGCGGCAGUCGCGCCAAUCGGAGCACGCGCAGAUCGCGCAGGCUAAUAACGCUCUGUCGCCCACUACUACGCAUUUAUCCACGUCCACUAUACAGCAUAUGAUUGGUGACUGUGUUAACGCGAUAGUGAAAUGGCAUUAUCAGUCUAAACGGGAUAAAGACGCGAACUCACUCAGCGUGCUUCUAUGUGGUGAAAAUGGCUUGGUCAAAUGUUUAGAACAAGCAUUUCUUUGUGGAUUCAAAUCGGCGAGACUGUUUGGAAAGAAUCUCUUCAUUUGGGACUAUUUUACUAGAGUAAAAGACGAGUUCAAAAUGAGUUUAUGCGAUGAAGGAAAUAUGCAAUCGAAUAAGAGCUGUGGUGUAGCAUAUAACUGUAGACAGGACCAGGAACACAGAGCUAUUUGGAGAUGUUACUGUCACCUCAUGGACGAGAUAAAUAGUGUGGGUCGUACUUUGGGUAAAGAUGGCAAGUUCCAGCUUUUUGUCUGCCUUAGUUUACGUGAGCACUGGCUUCAUAGAAUGCUAGUACCGAUGUCGAUGACCCGCGUCACCACCGAGAUGUACGAAGAACAAAGCUUUCUGCGCAAACGUGGCUUGCUUACAUUCCUCAGACAAAUACUAGAACCGCUCGAUGAGUUCGAUAUUGUUCUGGAAAACUCCUUAACUCAAGGCAUUUAAUUCAAACACAAGGGGUAUUUUAUAAAUGACAAUUAAAGUUUAUACGCGUAUGGUUCAGUGAAAUUUUGACAAAACUCGAAAGUUGAUCUAAUCUAAUAGUUAUUAAAGUUGCAUUUCCACUGCCCAUGUUAGCUCUCGCUCGUACUUGAUUAAUAUAAAUUAUUAUUAGAGUGUUAUUCAGAAUUGCUAGAAAUCGUUUAGUGAUACGGAUAAAGUUGAAUGAAGUAUAGUCGUGUCGGGCUCUCAAAUAUUCCUAACAUGACAUUAUUUAUAUUUUUCGUACUCCAAGAUUAGAUUAUAUUUGUGAAUGUCGUAGUUUCGUUGCUUGGAAAGUAAUAUAGUUCUUAAGUUGGUGUCUUUCUGUUUGACAUUCAUGUGAACUAAUAUGAUCUAAACUAAAUACUCGAAAUCAAAAGAUAUUCUUUUAUUGAAUACUCAUAGUAGAUGUAGUUCCAUUUACUACGAUUAGACUCGAAAGUUAUGAAUUGCUAAAUGACGUUAUUUUUCAGGGUAAUUUGUUAUUGAAUAUUUUAUUGUUGUUUUUUUGUUACUUGCCAUGUAUCCAAAGAUUUUUGCAUUAUAUUUUUUUUUUUUGUUAUUGAUUGAAGUGCGCGUUAUUGUUUAGAAUUAGUGAACCUCGAUGUGACUAGGUUUUAUUAGAGUUCGGCGUAGAAUGAGGCAUCAUUAAUUUAGCAAUAGUGUUCGUUAAGUUUUAUUUUUAUGUAAGUUUUAGGCAAUUUUAAGAGUCCCUGCCAAAUAAUUAUAUGUAUACAUAUUAUAUAUCUUAUUAGGGAACUGAUUAUAUCUUACCUUUGGUGAAAUUAUCAAUACUCAACACGCACAGAAUUCAAUGAUAUGAAUAUUACUAUAACAACGUAAGUUGUCUCUUACCAACUCUUAAUUUUGUCAAUUAAUAGUCAUUAUUUCUAUUUGUCUAAACAAAAUCUUUCUCUGUUCCCAUUACUGGAUUUUAAAUAAAAGUCCAUUGCACAAGUGUAUGCAUAAAGUAUAGUAACAUACAAUAAGGACAUUAAAUUGUAUGUCCGUAGUAUAGGGUGUGCUUUGAAAUUUAUUUUUUCUUAAAGUUAUUAAUGUAUGCUAAUGAAAUAUUAUGUUAUUAAUAUGCCGAGAAAGUAAACUAGUUUCAUAAUUAUAAUUCUCAUAUCAACUGAGUGUAUCAACUAAUAAGCUUUGGUGUUACAUUUAUUUGAAAAAUGUAUAACUGUUUGCACAAUUUACUUUAGGUAUCGCCUAUCUUUCAAUUAUCAUCGAUAUUAUUACUAUAAUAUGGCGACUAUAAUAAUAUUAAGUACUUGUGUAAUUAAUUUCUUGAAUUAAAUCUUCGUCUUAAUACAUUUAAAAAUCAUAUAUUAAAAAUAUAGUUUAUAUUUAAUGAAUAAUUUCUUAAUGCACACUUUUUUAUGUAGUCAUUUAUCUUUGGAGUGUGGAGCUAUGAUUUUACUGUGUAUAGGCAAAAAUUACUGUUUAUUUUUAAAAUCUGAAUAUUUAUAUGUGCCGUCCUGCAAAAUUGUAAACAAUUUAUGCGACAUUUAUGACAUCCGUCUAUUUAUUAUGAUUUCUAAAUGUGCCAAAUUGAAAUCAAAUUUCUAUCCGUUUUGUACUUUGCGUUCUGUGUUUGCGUUCUUUAAUAUGAAUUUAUCGUUUAUAAAACCUACCCUACAUAAAUACUUAAUAGUUAAUAUGUAGUACUUUUUUUUCGGGAGAGAUUUUGUGUAUUAAUUCAAAAGGUCAAUUAUAAAUAAGCUAUAUGAAAGUAAUUAUUCAUGUACAUAUAUGUACGAUCAUUAAUUACAUACAUCGUAAUGCAAAAUAACGUCGAAGUUAAUUUCGUGUGAACUAUUUUAGCAUUCAAUUUCAAUUUUAAAAUGGUUAAUAAUUUAAAACUGUAAAACUAGGUACUAUUCAGAAUGUCGGAAUGUAUGUUUAUAUACUUUAAAAUGAACUGAAACAUUUCUUCCAAUAAUUUAAAAUGGUUUCAAAACAAAUAUAUUUUAACAAUAUGAUAUGAUUUUAAAUGCAUGUGUAGAAUUAUAACCAUAAUUGAAAUUUUUUGCUAUUUUUCUAAAUAUUUUAUUUUAUCCGAUCAGCACAAUUAAGGGCCGAUUUUUCAUUCCUUGGUUAAAACUUAUCCGUCCAAUAA